AUGGCUGCCCUGGUUGUAAACAAGCCUGGUGCGGGACUAGAGAAUGGCCGGCCGGGCAACCGGGGAACGGCCAUGGUGAAGGUGCUGGAGUGUGGGGUCUGUGAAGAUGUCUUUUCUUUACAAGGAGACAAAGUUCCUCGUCUUCUGCUUUGUGGCCACACGGUCUGCCAUGACUGUCUCACCCGCCUCCCUCUUCACGGAAGGGCCAUCCGUUGCCCAUUUGAUCGACAAGUGACAGACUUAGGUGAUUCAGGUGUCUGGGGCUUGAAAAAAAAUUUUGCUUUAUUGGAGCUUUUAGAGCGGCUGCAGAAUGGACAUAUCGGUCAGUACGGAGCAGCUGAAGAUGCCAUUGGGAUAUCUGGAGAGAGCAUCAUUCGUUGCGAUGAAGAUGAAGCACAUGUUGCGUCUGUAUAUUGCACUGUAUGCGCAACUCACUUAUGCUCAGAGUGUUCCCAAGUGACUCACGCUACAAAGACACUAGCAAAGCACAAGCGUGUGCCUCUAGCCGAUAAGCCUCAUGAGAAAACCAUGUGCUCUCAGCACCAGGUGCAUGCCAUUGAGUUUGUUUGCUUGGAAGAAGGUUGUCAAGCUAGCCCACUUAUGUGCUGCGUCUGCAAAGAAUAUGGAAAACACCAAGGUCACAAGCAUUCAGUAUUGGAACCAGAAGCUGAUCAGAUCCGAGCUUCAAUUUUAGAUAUGGCUCACUGCAUACGAACCUUUACUGAGGAAAUUUCAGAUUAUUCAAGAAAAUUAGUUGGAAUUGUUCAGCAUAUUGAAGGAGGAGAGCAAAUAGUGGAAGAUGGAAUUGGAAUGGCCCACACAGAACAUGUACCAGGUACAGCCGAGAAUGCCCGGUCAUGUGUCCGAGCUUAUUUUUCUGAUCUUCAUGAAACUCUGUGUCGUCAAGAAGAGAUGGCUCUGAGUGUCGUCGAUGCCCAUGUUCGAGAGAAACUUAUUUGGCUCAGGCAGCAGCAAGAAGAUAUGACUAUUUUGUUGUCCCAGGUUUCAACAGCUUGUCUCCAUUGUGAAAAGACUUUGCAACAGGAUGACUGUAGAGUUGUUUUGGCUAAACAAGAUAUUACACGGCUACUGGAAAUGUUGCAGAAGCAGCAGCAGCAGUUUACGGAGGUUGCAGAUCACAUUCAGUUGGAUGCCAGCAUCCCCGUCACUUUUACAAAGGACAAUAGAGUUCACAUUGGACCCAAAAUGGAAAUUCGAGUUGUUACAUUAGGAUUAGAUGGUGCGGGAAAAACUACUAUUUUGUUCAAGUUAAAGCAGGAUGAGUUUAUGCAGCCCAUUCCAACAAUUGGUUUUAAUGUGGAAACUGUAGAAUAUAAAAAUCUAAAAUUCACCAUUUGGGAUGUAGGUGGAAAACACAAAUUAAGACCAUUGUGGAAACAUUAUUACCUUAAUACUCAAGCUGUUGUGUUUGUUGUUGACAGCAGUCACAGAGACAGAGUUAGUGAGGCGCACAGUGAACUUGCAAAGUUGUUAACGGAAAAAGAACUUCGAGAUGCUUUGCUCCUGAUUUUUGCUAAUAAACAGGAUGUUGCUGGAGCACUUUCAGUAGAAGAAAUCACGGAACUUCUCAGUCUCCAUAAACUGUGCUGUGGCCGUAGUUGGUACAUUCAGGGCUGCGAUGCACGAAGUGGUAUGGGACUGCACGAAGGCUUGGACUGGCUCUCCCGGCAGCUUGUGGCUGCUGGGGUGUUGGAUGUUGCUUGAUUUUAAAUGCAGAAGCUGUUCAUAAACAUUUGUGGCUAAGAGGUAUUUUGCACAUAUGCAGGAAGAAAUUCUACAUCUCAAAGAUGGCAGUUGAUUUAGGAUAUUUAUAUAAAUAGUAUCUUGACCUGAGAAUUCAGUACAAGAUUGCUUUUUAAAGUGAUUUUGAAAAUUAUUCUGCUGAGAAAUUUCAAUCAUCUAGGCAGAUUAGAUUGGAUUAAAUAAGGGAUUUCUUGAAUUUGCCUUUAAAAAUAAUUUUUAAUUUAAAAAUUUCAUUUUAUAUGCAAGCCAAAUAUUGAGACAGUAGUAGUCACAGGGAAAGGUUACGUGGAGGUUUAUUCUCUGAGUGAAGAAAGAGCAGCCACCACAUACCUACUGGGCCUCGUUUAGGAAGGAAGCAAGGGCACCAUGGCUGCGGUUUUCCUUUGCCUUUUCACAGACGCUUGCCAGCAUUUAGCAGCAAAAAUGGCAGUGGUUUCAGGAAGCCGAAUCCAAACUGCAUCUUUGAGUAAUAGAAUUCUUAACUUUGAUGUUCAGUAUAAAAGAACACCUUUAAGCUAAGAACUAUAAGGCUUAUACUUAGAAAAUUAAUGUUUGAUACAGAGUGUUUUAUUAAAACAUUCUCAAAGCAUUUUAUACUAAACACAGUAAGACAGAAUGAAAUGCUAUUUAACUAGCCUGAUGGAUUAUACUUAUCAGAUUAGCACUACAUUGAGGAACAAUUAAUAAAGAGUGUGAGUCAUUUACUUUGUGGUUCAUUUUCACUUCUGAAAGACCCAUUUCCAGGGCUGAACCAAGGUCAGAACUCUAAAUUGGUCCUUCUAUUUGUUAUAUAUUUAAAGUACUUAGUAGUGUUUCUUUGAAAACUGUUGCAUCCUUAAUGGGACUAUAGGUAAAAAAUAGUGAAUUACAUGUAGAACCAGGAUCAAUUUUACAUAAAGAUAGGUACCUAAAUAGAAAACUACUUUACCUUAUGGCAAGUUGUUUCAACGGUGAGAAUUGCUUUGUUAUAUUUUCCUAAAAUAAGUGCAUUUUUCUUGGCAAUUACAUUAAGAGGCAUACAUUGUGUAAGGAAAGGAAGAAAUGUUCAAAAAGUUUACAUCACAUUUGUUAACGCAGUAUUCAGAGUAUAAGUUUUGAAAUUUUGUGCUCUUUACUGUUUUUUUUUCUUCAAUUUUUAAGGUUACUCUUUUACUAUGGAAGCAUGUUUAUUAUAUUUAAAAAUAGCUACAUCGUGAUCUGCAUUUUUUUUUAAUACUCUUCAUACUUUAGGAUGAAGCUGAAUCCUAAAUCUGACUGGUUGUAUUGUCUUAAGGACAGAGAUAGCUGGUGAAAGAAUAUGGCCAUUAGGUGGCACUCUUUCGGUUCAGUCUUUUCAAAAGUAUUUUUGUUUAAAAAAAACAAAACAACUUUUAGAAAACAAAGCAUUAAAAAAGCCCAUCAGUGUUAUGGGAAAUGUGUAAAUAUGUACAUAAAAUAUUUCAUCCAUUUUUCAAGUAUGAGGUCAUGCUGUUACAAAUGUCAUUUGUGUGCAUAAGUAAUAAUUCUGAAUUAAAUUAUUUAAUAUUUGACGGACUUCAGUAACUGUGAAAAAUAAAGUUGCAUUUGCCUGUGAACCUUUGGACUGUUUUCUCAACUAGAUAAUUAAAAAAUAAAAGUGUAAUACUAACACAAACUUGGUUUUCUUGAAAUUAUUUAGACAAUUUUGCUUAACUUUGUAAUUCACAUUCUUAGCACAUUGCCGAAUAGAACUUAAGUAAUAUGCUUAAGCCUACACUUAAGCUGAGAAUACAGUAUAUAAUGGUAAUGUUUUGUGAUAUUUUUUAAGUACCCCCGCUCCCCUUCCUGUUUGUGGUUGUUUUCUUUCACUGAUUGCUAGUUAAGUAUGUGCUUGUUUUUCUGGAAAAUCCCAAAUUUAAGAAUGAGAAGUUUUAAAGAGAUAGAAUUUGCCCCCUAGCUCUGAAUUUGUGUUAAACAUAAUUUAUGUUUUAUGUAUACCAGGCUUGUCAAUUGUAUAGCCUUGGACAAUAGUUUAUGAAUACUUUAUAGUCAGCAAUAUAUAAGCUUUUAUUUGCAGUAAAUACAUGUCUGUUCAGUAAACAGCAGUAAGAUAUUAAGAUCAUCUUAAAGGAGGAAGCCCUAUCAUUAUUGUGAAGAAUUAUUUCUUGAACCUUACUCCAGUAUUGCUGCUAGUAACCAAUUUAAAUUCAUUUAUUAUGGUUAAGAAAACAAUUAAAGGAUUUGACUUCAUAUGAAAUUUAAAAUGUAAUUUGUUUAAUAAAAGUAAGAUUAGGAAAAUAACCUGUAUUUUGUAAUUUAGAUAAUUUAAACGUGUACAACGGUAGUAUUUUGGGAACUUACAUGUUUUUCAUUAAAUAAACGAAAGCUAUUGCAGUAAACUUUUAUUUAACUUUUAUUUCAUGAGAACAUAGCAUCUGAAGAGACUGUUUUGAAAACGACUUUGAAAACCCCAUCACUGUAGCUUCUGAACGGAGAUGGCUAAGAGAAAGGUGUCUUAUGUGACACUGGGCUAGUCUGGAUUUGCAGUGGCAACAGUUGUACUUUGCUAGAUGAAUAAAUAAUGAAAUGGAUUAAUGAAUAA